GCGGAUCGCGCCGGAGGGAGUGGAGGCGGAAGUGGCGGCACCGGGCCGGGGGAGUAGGAAGGAGCCAGGGCUGCAGCCGGAGUGGAGCGGCUGCCAGCCGAGGAGUAGGCGCGGCCGCAGCGCCAUAUUGAGGCCCUAAGCGGCCGCUACCGAGUCAUGGCCGAGACCUACGACUUCCUCUUCAAAUUCCUGGUGAUCGGCAGUGCAGGAACUGGCAAAUCAUGUCUGCUUCACCAGUUCAUUGAGAAUAAGUUCAAGCAGGACUCCAAUCACACCAUCGGCGUGGAGUUUGGAUCCCGGGUGGUCAACGUGGGUGGGAAGACUGUGAAGCUCCAGAUUUGGGACACAGCUGGCCAGGAGCGGUUUCGGUCAGUGACGCGGAGCUAUUACCGAGGGGCAGCUGGAGCCCUGCUGGUAUACGACAUCACCAGCCGGGAGACCUACAACUCACUGGCUGCCUGGCUGACGGACGCCCGCACACUCGCCAGCCCCAACAUCGUGGUCAUCCUGUGUGGCAACAAGAAGGACUUAGAGCCCGAGCGGGAGGUCACGUUCUUGGAGGCAUCCCGUUUUGCCCAGGAGAACGAGUUGAUGUUCUUGGAGACCAGUGCGCUCACGGGUGAGAAUGUGGAGGAGGCCUUCUUGAAGUGUGCUCGGACCAUCCUCAACAAGAUCGACUCAGGUGAACUAGACCCCGAGAGGAUGGGCUCAGGCAUUCAGUACGGUGACGCUUCCCUUCGUCAGCUUCGGCAGCCUCGGAGUGCACAGGCCGUGGCCCCUCAGCCCUGUGGCUGCUGAGACCUAAGGAGCCAGCUCACCUGUUCUCCAGGACCAGCCCUGCCCUUCUGGGUGGGACCCAGACCCAGGCCCUGGGAGGCCGUGCUCCCUUCCUGCCCUGGCCCCAAAGAAGCUGCCCUGCCACCUGUUCCCCUUCCCUGGCCUGGUGGGGCCUGGAUGUGGGGCAAGACUGAGCCAUGGGGAAUGGGGAGAACCCGAACCUGCUGCUGUUUCCUCUGUCUUGGCUAACCACCCUUAACCAUGCCCCAAGAGCUCCCAAAGCCUGAGACCAGGGCCACGUGGCCCCAACUCCCUGCCUGGCCCUGCCAUUGCGAGUACGUGUUAUUUAUUACUUGGAGGCCUGUCCAAUCCUCACCUUAUACCCAUAAAGCAUUGUUUACACUUGUG